GGCGAGAUGCUGGAGUCGUACGUGACGCCCCUCCUCAUGAGCUACGUGCACCGCUACAUCAGGAACCUGCGGCCCUCGGACCUGCAGCUCUCGCUCUGGGGCGGCGACGUGGUGCUCAGCAAGCUCGAGCUGCGGCUGGACGUGCUGGAGCAGGAAUUGAAAUUACCAUUCACAUUUUUAAGUGGACAUAUUCAUGAAUUGAGGAUUCAUGUACCGUGGACAAAACUGGGUUCAGAACCUGUGGUAAUUACCAUCAAUACAAUGGAAUGUAUUUUGAAACUUAAAGAUGGAAUACAGGAUGACCAUGACAGCUGUGGUUCUAAUUCUACCAACCGUAGUACCUCUGAGAACACAAAAUCUUCAGUAAAACCCAGAAGAAUUCAGCAGGCCGCUCCCACAGAUCCUGAUUUACCACCAGGUUAUGUACAGAGUUUGAUUCGACGCGUUGUAAAUAAUGUAAACAUUGUCAUAAAUAAUCUUAUACUAAAAUAUGUUGAAGAUGACAUUGUUCUUUCAGUCAACAUCACUUCUGCAGAGUGCUAUACAGUAGGUGAAUUAUGGGAUCGUGCUUUUAUGGAUAUUUCUGCAACUGAUCUCGUGCUGAGGAAGGUUAUCAACUUUUCUGAUUGUACAGUUUGUCUUGAUAAACGAAAUGCUAGUGGUAAAAUAGAAUUUUACCAGGAUCCUUUGUUGUAUAAAUGUUCUUUCAGAACUCGUCUGCAUUUUACUUAUGAUAAUCUAAAUUCCAAGAUGCCAUCCGUUAUUAAAAUUCAUACCUUAGUAGAGAGCUUGAAACUUUCCAUCACAGAUCAGCAGUUGCCAAUGUUUAUCCGAAUAAUGCAACUUGGUAUUGCUCUUUAUUAUGGCGAAAUAGGUAAUUUUAAAGAAGGAGAAACAGAGGACUCUACCUGUCACAAUAAAGAUAUGUUAGGGAACAUUACAGGUGCUGAAGAUGAAACAAGAAUAGAUGUGCAAUAUCCUGCUCCGUACAAGGGCCAAGAGAUGUAUUCGCAUCAAGAGGAUGAGCAGCCGCAGGGAUGGGUAUCGUGGGCUUGGUCAUUUGUGCCUGCGAUCGUCAGUUAUGAUGAUGGCGAGGAAGACUACCUUGGGAAUGAUCCUGCAUCAACCACGCACCAGCAGAAAGCACAGACUUUGAAGGAUCCCAUUGUUUCUAUUGGAUUUUACUGUACAAAGGCGACUGUGACUUUCAAACUUACUGAAAUGCAAGCUGAAAGUAGUUAUUAUAGUCCUCAGAAAGUAAAAUCUAAAGAAGUGUUGUGUUGGGAACAAGAAGGAACUACUAUUGAGGCCCUUAUGAUGGGAGAGCCGUUCUUUGAUUGCCAGAUUGGUUUUGUGGGUUGCAGAGCCAUGUGCCUUAAAGGAAUUAUGGGUGUUAAAGAUUUUGAGGAGAACAUGAAUAGAAAUGAAACUGAAGCCUGUUUUUUCAUUUGUGGUGAAAAUUUGAGUAUGAAAGGUUUGACAUAUCUUACAAACUCAUUAUUUGAUUACCGAAGUCCAGAAAAUAAUGGUACUCGUGCAGAAUUUAUCUUGGAUGCAGUUCAUCAUAAGGAGGCAUACACUGAGGUAGCCGGAAUGCAGAGGUUUGGUGCCUUUUAUAUGGAUUACCUGUACACAAUGGAGAGCACCAGUAGCAAAGGUUCUGCAAACUUACAGGACUUUUCUCCAGGGAAAAGCGAAGAUUUGGGAACAGUUCAUGAGAAGUCUACUAAAAGCCUUGUUAUCGGUCCUCUUGAUUUUCGUUUGGAUAGCAGUGCAGUCCAUCGGAUUUUGAAAAUGAUUGUUUGUGCUUUGGAACACGAAUAUGAACCAUACAGCAGACUAAGACCAGAUGUUAAGAAUGAAAAUGAAACAAUACUGAAUCCUGAAGAUGUGGCAGCUUUGGAAGAGUAUAUUCCUACUCGACAUACAAGUGUCACCCUCCUCAAAAGCACCUGCACUAUUUUCAUGGCUGAAUUCAACUUGCUGGAUCAUUUACUUCCUGUCAUUAUGGGAGAGAAGAGUUCAAGUAACUUCAUGAAUACUACAAACUUCCAAGCUCUUCGUCCUUUGCCAGCCAUUCAGAUAGUAGUGGAUAAAAUUAAUCUGGAGCAUUCUGUGCCAAUGUAUGCUGAACAGUUAGUGCACGUGGUCAGCAGUCUUACUCAGCCUUCUGAUAAUCUGCUUCAUUACUGCUAUGCACACUGCUACCUUAAGAUAUUUGGUUUCCAGGCAGGACUGACUUCUUUGGAUUGCAGGGGAUCUCACUGCUUACCUGUUUCGAUUAUUCCUUCCUUCAGCACUGCUCUUUAUGGCAAACUUCUGAAACUCCCUGCAUUCUGGACCAAAAGAUCUCAGAUUCCUGUAACUGAGGGUAUAUUUGAACUUCCAAAUCUCACAAUUCAGGGUACAAGAGCACAGACACUUCUGCUGCAAGCGAUAUAUCAAAGUUGGUGUCAUAUUGGAAAUGUCAACUCUUUGGAAAUAAAUGAAGCUUUGAUGAAUGAAGUGUUCCAAACUAUAGGUGUGAAAUCUAAGAAUCCCCUGCCAACUCUGGAGGGCUCCAUCCAGAAUGUUGAAUUGAAGUACUGCAGCACAUCAUUGGUCAAAUGUGCCUCAGGGACCCUGGGAUCAAUAAAAGUUUGUGCCAAAGCCCCAGGUGACAAUGGAAAAGAAAAAUUAAUUCCACUGCUUCAGGGUCCUUCUGACACUAAAGACCUUCAUAACAGCAAGUGGCUUAAUGAGAGCAGAAAGCCAGAAUCUCUCCUAGCUCCAGACCUGAUCGCCUUUACAGUCCAAGUUCCACAGUACAUGGACUACUGCCACAGUUCUGGUGCUGUGCUUCUUUGUAGUAUACAAGGACUGGCGGUUAAUAUUGACCCGAUCUUAUAUACCUGGCUCCUUUACCAGCCUCAGAAGCGAACCAGUAGACAUGUGCAGCAGCAGCCUGUGGUAACUGUUCCUCUGGUUAUGCCGAUUAGCAGACGGAAAGAGGAUGAGGUGUCUGUUGGAAGCGCGCCCUUGGCAAAGCAACAGUCGUAUCAGGCUUCUGAAUAUGCCAGUAGUCCUAUAAAAACCAAAACGAUAACAGAGUCCAGACCAUUGUCAGUUCCUGUGAAGACGAUGCUGAGUCUGUCUGAAGGCUGUAGAAGUCCUGAAGAAAGAAUGAAGGAAUUCAUUGGAGUUGUAUGGAAUGCAGUAAAGAGUCUCACACUGCAGCUUGAAGUACAGUCAUGUUGUGUGUUCAUUCCCAAUGGUAGCCUGCCCUCCCCAAGUACAAUUGUAUCUGGUGACAUUCCUGGAACAGUAAGAAGCUGGUACCAUGGACAGACCAGCAUGCCUGGAACCCUUGUCCUCUGUUUGCCUCAAAUAAAAAUUCUUAGUGCUGGCCACAAGUGCAUGGAUCCGCUGCAGGAAAUCCCGUUUUCCAUUCCACGGCCUAUCCUCGAAGAAGGUGAUGCUUUUCCUUGGACCAUCAACUUGCAUCAUUUCAGCAUAUAUACGCUUUUUGGAAAACAAGUGACAUUUUGCCUAGUGGAACCCAUGGGUUGUACCUCUACGCUUGCUGUUACAUCUCAGAAACUGCACGCUACAGGACCCGAUACCAGACACUCAUUUGUCGUCUGUCUGCAUGUUGACCUGGAGUCAGUGGAGAUGAAAUGCUCAGACCCCCAGGUUCAGCUUCUGUACGAGCUCACGGAUGCCAUGCACAGGGUGUGGCGCGACAUCCAGAAGCGAGGCAGCGCCAGUGCUCCGGCCGCCUUCCCGGAGGCAGUGUCCGGGCCGGGCCCUGGCUCCCCGGUGCGCAGCAGCGUGGGCACAGCUCCCCCGGACACCAGCACGUGCAGCCCGUCUGCCGACGUGGGAACCACCACUGAGGGAGAUUCUGUACAAGCUGGUGAUGAUUCCCCAUUCUCAGAUUCUGUCACCUUGGAACAAACUACGAGUAAUAUUGGGGGAUCCAGUGGACGUGUGAGUCUAUGGAUGCAGUGGGUGCUCCCCAAAAUCACUAUAAAGCUCUUUGCUCCAGAUCCUGAAAAUCAAGGCACAGAGCUUUGCAUGGUCAGUGAACUUGAGGAUCUCAGUGCUUCCAUAGAUGUCCAGGAUGUAUAUACCAAAGUAAAAUGCAAAAUUGAAAGUUUCAAUAUCGAUCACUAUCGAAGCAGCCUUGGGGAAGAGUGUUGGUCUCUGGGGCAAUAUGGAGGUGUCUUCCUUUCCUGUACUGACAAGCUGAACAGACGCACCUUGUUGGUUCGACCCAGCAGCAAGCAGGACCCUUUCAGUAAUUACUCUGGCUUCUUUCCUUCUACAACUGCAAAACUUCUAGAUGGUUCUCAUCAGCAGCAUGGAUUUCUCUCUUUGACUUAUACAAAAGCUGUAACAAAAAAUGUCCGCCACAAGUUAACCUCAAGAAAUGAGCGAAGAAGUUUUCAUAAGUUAUCUGAAGGUUUAACAGAUGGUUCCCCUCAUUUUCUUCAUGAAAUUCUUCUUUCAGCACAAGCCUUUGACAUUGUCCUUUGUUUUCCUUUGCUUAAUGCCAUUGCAAGUAUAUUUCAAGCAAAACUGCCAAGGACCCAAAAAGAAAAAAGGAAAUCUUCUGGUCAACCCAUGAGAACUCAUACACUGACUUCACGCAGUUUACCUCUAAUUUAUAUCAACACCAGUGUGAUCAGAAUUUUUGUUCCAAAAUCAGAAGAAAUACACUCAACUACUGAAGUUAAUCAGGCAGCAACAGAGGACACCCUGGUUCUGAAGAUUGGCUCUGUUGCCAUGGCCCCCCAGGCUGACAAUCCCCUUGGCAGAUCUGUCCUCAGGAAAGACAUUUACCAGAGAGCCUUGAAUUUAGGAAUUCUUCGAGAUCCUGGAUCAGAAAUCGAAGAUAGACAAUACCAAAUAGACCUGCAGUCCAUCAAUAUUGGUACUGCUGUUUGGGACCAGCUGAAACCAGAGAAGGAUAGUUGCACAGGCGGGGCACUCACAGAGACUGAGAGAAAUUCCCAGAACCCAGCGCUGGAAUGGAAUAUGGCCAGCAGCAUACGCCGGCAUCAAGAAAGAAGAGCAAUUUUGACUCCGAUUUUAACAGAUUUUUCCGUUCGAAUAACUGGAGCACCGGCCAUCAUUUUUACCAAGAUAAUUUCUCCUGAAAAUAUGCAUACUGAGGAGAUUUUGGUGUGUGGCCACUCCUUGGAAGUGAAUGUAACCACGAACCUGGACUUCUUCCUCAGCGUGGCCCAAGUUCAGCUCUUGCAUCAGUUAAUAGUAGCAAAUCUGACGGGCCUGGAGCCAGCCAGCCAGACCACAGAGGUCUCUAAGCAGGAGCAGAGCAGGGCUGACACCGUGGAGGGCAGCGUGGCCGAGACGUCCUCCCGGUACAGCGGCGCGCGGGACAGCGGCUUUGGCAGUGACAGCGUGAAGAUCCGGAUCGUGCAGAUCGAGCAGGACAGCGGCACCAGCCAGCACCGCCUCGCACGCCCCUCACGUCAGUCCUCCAUCGUGAAAAACCUGAACUUCAUCCCCUUCGACAUAUUCAUCACGGCCAGCAGGAUCUCCCUAAUGACCUAUGCCUGCACGCCCCUGCCCGCAUCCAAGCUGCAGCCACCGAUGUCGGGGAACGGGAAAUCGGACAAGAGCUCCCUGAAUCUCCCGGAGGCAGAGUCGCCGGCUGCCAAGCCUGGCCCGGCCUCUAUUUCCAUGGUCACAGCUGAGGACCUGGUGAGCAGCAGCUUCUCGUUCCCCACGGGGAAGAGACUUGGGGUCAUCUCCCUGGAGAGCCUCCAUGCCUCCAGUCGCUCCUCCGCCCGUCAGGCCCUGGGCAUCACGGUUGUGCGGCAGCCCGGCCGCAGGGGAGCAGGGGGCCUGCAGCUGAAGCCCUUCCUCUACCUCAUCCUGUCCCAGCCUUCUCUGCUGCUGAGUUGUCACCACCGGAAGCAGAGGGUGGAAGUCUCCCUUUUCGACGCCGUGCUGAAAGGGGUCACCCCGGAUUACGUCUGCACAGAUCCUGGGAAGACUCUGCCAGAAGCCCUUGAUUACUGCACAGUUUGGCUACAGACAGUGCCUGGAGAAAUAGACAGCAGAAGUGGAAUUCCACCCUCCCUUAUAACGCUGCAAAUCAAAGACUUCCUUAACGGACCAGCAGACGUCAACUUGGACAUAGCGAAGCCUUUCAAAGCAAACCUGAGUUUCACCAAGCUGGACCAGAUGAGCCACUUCUUACAGAAGAUCAGAAGUGCCCACAUCCGAGAGACGGCCGGCCAGGCUGACGCCACCACGAGCAGAGAGGAGCCCCUGGCCCCCAAAGGCCACCGGAGAAAGUCCCUGAAGCCCAGAGCUGCUGGCGAUGGUGGCCCCGAGACCCCUUUUCAGGAAACCCUGUGGAGAAUCGUGUCCUGCUUCCAAAAAAUCUCUGUCCACACCACUCAGAUAGUGGUCUCCAUGGAAACCAUCCCGCACCCGCGGAAGCCAUGCCUGACAGCGUCCUUAUCGGCCCUUUCUGGGAGCCUUCACGUGAGAACCGCAGCCAGAGCCCCUGGUAUAAUUCUUGGGUCAUCAUGUCUUCUCAGCAUAAGUGACUUGCUCCUUAAAACAAGUCUUAAAGAGCGGAGUCGGAUUCUGAUAGGACCAUGUUGUGUAACUGCUGAUCUGGAAGCAAAAUGGUGCAAACAUAGUGGCAGUCCAGGCCCAGAACAGUCCACCCCGAAAAUAGCCGUGGAUUUAAGAGGAGGUCUGCUACAGGUUUUCUGGGGCCAAGAACAUUUGAAUUGUUUAGUUCUUCUACAUGAGUUGCUCAGCGGAUACCUUCAGGAGCAGGGGAAUUUGGAAGCGCAGACUUCAGAGGCAGAACCACAAAGGCCAGCUCCUGCGGAGAAGAGUCAGACAUUGAAAAGUGAACACAGUUCAGAUGACCUGCGGAGUGGUCUCUUUCAGUACAUAAAGGAUGCUGACCCUUUGAAGCUGCCAGGCGUCUAUGAAGUGUUUUUUUCCAAUGAAACUGAAGAGAGCCCCGGGAUGAUGCUGUGGCGAUACCCCGAGCCCAGAGUCCUCACCCUCGUACGAAUAACACCCGUACCCUUCAACACCACGGAGGACCCCGACAUCAGCACAGCCGACCUGGGUGACGUACUCCAGGUUCCCUGUAGUUUGGAAUACUGGGACGAACUCCAGAAGGUUUUCGUGGCAUUUCAAGAAUUCAGUCUGUCCGAAAGCAAAGUUUGUGAACUGCCGUUGCCAGAUGUCAACCUUGUGCAUGACCAGAAGAAGCUGGUGUCCUCGGCCCUCUGGAGAAUCGUCUUGAACAACAGCCAGAGUGGGGCUGAUGACCAGAGCUCUGCCAGUGAAUCUGGCUCUCAGAGCACGUGUGACCAACUUAUAACACCGACAGCGCUGGCUGCUUGCACCAGAGUCGACUCCUGCUUCACCCCCUGGUUUGUCCCAUCUCUUUGCAUCGCCUUGCAGUUCGCCCACCUUGAGUUGCACCUUUGUCAUCACCUCGACCAACUAGGCACAGCUCCCCCACAAUACCUGAAGCCGUUUAUUUCGGAUAAAAAUGUGCCCUCCGAACUAGAAUACAUGAUUCUUUCCCUCAAGGACCCUCACGUGUACCUUCAACAGUGGAAUAAUAGUCGAGCCUGUCAGAAGCUCCGGUUCUCGGCCCAGGUGGACUGCAGACUCCUUGAGUACCGAAACGUGACCAUGCAGAGUAUCGUGCAGCCCUUCAGCAUCUCGGGGCAGGUGGCGCUUUCCAGCGAUGCAGCGGGGGAGCUGCUGGACGGCGCGGUGGUCAUUGACUCUGUGAGCAUCAGCUUUGGACAGCACGCCGUCCAUUCCCUGCACACCGCGACCAAAGCGUGGCAGCAGAACAAAUGCCCUGAGGUAGAGGAGUUGGUCUUCAGCCAUUUCGUGAUCUGUAACGACACACAGGAGACGCUGCGGUUUGGCCAGGUGGACACGGACGAGAAUAUUCUCCUGGCCAGCCUCCGCAGUCACCAGUACAGCUGGCGUUCGCACAAAUCUGCACAGCUGUUACACAUCUGUAUCGAAGGUUGGGGCAAUUGGCGCUGGUCGGAGCCCUUCAGCCUGGACCAGGCCGGGACUUUCAUCCGGACGAUUCAGUACAAGGGCCGAACCGCCUCACUCAUCAUCAAGGUGCGGCCGCUCAGCGGGGUGCAAAAACAGAUCAUCAUCUGUGGGCGACAGGUCAUCUGCAGUUACCUGUCUCAGUGCAUCGAGUUAAAGGUCGUCCAGCAUUACAUCGGUCCGGAUGGGCAGGCCGUGGUCCGGGAGCACUUUGACUGCCUGGCGGCCCGCGAGAAGCUGCCGUCGUACAUCCUGGAGAACAGUGAACUCACGGAGCUGUGCGUGAAGGCUCAGGGCGACGAGGACUGGUCUCGAGACGUGUGUCUGGACUCCAAGACCCCCGAGGAGAGCAGCGCUGUCAUCCAGGUACCAUCUUCCGACAGCUCCAUUAUUUACGUCUGGUGCACAGUUUUGACGCUGGAGCCCAACACGCCGGUGGAGCAGCGAAUGAUUGUGUUCAGCCCACUUUUUAUCAUGAGGAGUCAUCUUCCAGACCCCAUUAUCAUACAUUUGGAGAAAAGGAGUCUGGGGUUGAGUGAAACACAAAUUAUUCCCGGAAAGGGGCAGGAGAAACCGCUGCAAAACAUCGAACCCGACCUUAUCCACCACCUGACGUUUCAAGCAAGAGAAGAGGAUGAUGCUUCCGACUGUGCUGUCCCCAUAUCCACAGCCCUCAUUAAGCAGAUUGCCACCAAGAGUCACCCGGGAGGCCUAGUUCCCCAUCAGAUCCUCGAUGAAUUCUACGGAGCAGGAAAGUCCUCUCAGCCCAGGUGGCCGUAUAAUAAAAAGGAUGCGGACAGGAAUGAGCAGCUGAGCCAGUGGGACAGCCCGAUGCGAGUGAAGCUGUCCGUCUGGAAGCCGUACGUUAAGACCCUGCUGAUAGAACUGCUCCCCUGGGCCCUGCUGAUCAACCGGUCCAAAUGGGACCUCUGGCUGUUUGAAGGGGAGAAGAUCGUUCUCCAGGUUCCUGCUGGCAAAAUUAUUAUCCCUCCGAAUUUUCAGGAAGCUUUUCAAAUUGGCAUCUACUGGGCAAAUACGAACACCGUGCACAAGUCCGUUGCAAUUAAAGUGGUCCACAACCUGACAUCGCCCAAGUGGAAAGACGGUGGGAACGGGGAGGUGGUGACGCUGGAUGAGGAGGGCUGCGUGGACACCGAGAUCCGACUUGGGGCAUUUCCAGGACACCAGAAGCUAUGCCAGUUCUGCGUUUCCUCCAUGGUGCAGCAGGGCAUCCAGAUCCUCCAGAUCGAGGACAAGACCACGCUCAUCAACAACACGCCCUACCAGCUCUUCUACAAGCCACAGCUCGCCGUCUCCCGGCCUCACGCUGGACAGGAGUACUUCCACAUCCCGGACAGCACGACCUUCAGCCUCAGCCCCCAGGAAGAGCAGCCGGCGGGCGGCUACAGCUCCCUCCCUUGCUGGGACCUCAUGCCCGAUGUCAGCCCAUCCGCCUGGGAUGCGCCGCAGCUGCAGAAGCAGAUCCUGCUGGCCUUCUCACCGGGCACGGGCAGCGACAGGGCCGCCUGCUGGAGCCUGCCCGCCCCUGUCCGCCAGGACUUCCCCAGGCAGAGCGUGGCCGUGCCCUUGCGGAGCAGCGUGGAUGACGGACUCUGCACCCGAGCCAUAGUGCUGACCUACCAGGAGCACCUUGGGGUGACCUACUUAACCCUCUCAGAAGACCCCAGCCCACAGAUCAUCAUCCACAACAGAUGCCCGGUGCCGAUACUGGUGAAGGAAAACAUCAAAGAUGUUCCCAAGUUUGAGGUCUAUUGCAGACAAGUUCCCCCUGAGUGCUCUGUUCACCACGAGCUGUACCAUCAGCUUGCCAGCUACCCCGACUGCAGGACCAGAGACGUGCUCCCCAGCCUCUUCCUGAGCGCCACCGGCACCGAGUGGAGCGACGCCCUGGACACCAACAGUCAGGGCACACAGGUGGUGUUCCUGACAGGGUUUGGCUAUGUAUAUGUGGACAUUGGCCAUCAGAGUGGCACCAUCCUCAUCACGGUGGCCCCAGAAGGGAAGGCAGGACCCGCUGACACCAGUCCCUACAGGCCCCCGGGAGGGCUGGUGACCUGGAGCGUGUCUGUCGCCCAGCUGAGCGUGACGGUGCUGGACGACCUCACGCACCCCAAAGCCGCCUCCGAGCUCCUGCGGCUCACCCUGGACAGCGCCUUCCUCCAGGCGGGCCCCGUGGCCGGCGGCCUCCCCGGGGACGAGGGCCCCGCGGCGCCCCCGGGGCUGUACCAGCUGGAGGCCGGCUGCGGCGACCUCCAGCUCGACAACCAGCUGUACAGCAAGUCCAACUUCCACUUCGCCGUGCUGGUGUGCCAGGGCGAGAAGGGCGAGCCGGGCGCGCCGGCGGGGCCCGGCCCCCGCGCCCCGCGCGCGCCCGAGGGGCUCCGGGACGGCUGCUUCGUCCGGCUCGGCCUCACGCUGGCCCCGGGCGGGCUCUCGGCCUUCGACGUGCACGAGUUCCGCUUCGCGCUGCGGCCCGGCCGGCUCUACGUGGAGGACACGUUCGUCCACUACGCGCGGACGCUGUUCGCCUCGUACCUGCCCGCCGCGCGCGCGCCCGGCCCCGCGGCCCCCGACGCGCUGCCCCCGCAGGUGCGCCAGCACGCCCGCGCCCUGGUGCGCCCGGUGCGGCUGCGCCGGCUGCUCAUCCAGCCCGUGAGCCUCCUGGUCAGCGUCCACGCCUCCCUCAAGCUCUACAUCGCCUCCGACCACACCCCACUCUCCUUCUCCGUGUUCGAGCGCGGCCCGGUCUUCACCACGGCCCGGCAGCUGGUCCACGCGCUGGCCAUGCACUACGCGGCCGGCGCGCUCUUCCGAGCAGGCUGGGUGGUGGGCUCGCUGGAGAUCCUGGGCAGCCCCGUGAGCCUGGUGCGGAGCAUCGGGAAUGGCGUAGCCGACUUCUUCCGCCUGCCCUACGAGGGCCUGACACGGGGCCCCGGCGCCUUCGUCAGCGGCGUGUCCAGGGGCACCUCGUCCUUCGUCAAGCACAUCUCCAAAGGUACCCUCACUUCCAUCACCAACCUGGCCACCAGCCUGGCCCGCAACAUGGACCGGCUGUCCCUGGACGAGGAGCACUACAGCCGGCAGGAGGAGUGGCGGCGGCAGCUCCCUGAGAGCCUGGGCGAGGGGCUCCGCCAGGGCCUGUCACGCCUGGGCAUCAGCCUGCUGGGGGCCAUCGCAGGCAUCGUCGACCAGCCGAUGCAGAACUUCCAGAGGACGUCAGAGGCGCAGGCCUCAGCGGGACACAAGGCCAAGGGCGUCAUCUCCGGCGUCGGCAAGGGGAUCAUGGGGGUGCUGACCAAGCCCAUCGGGGGCGCUGCUGAGCUCGUGUCGCAAACUGGCUAUGGUAUCCUACAUGGAGCUGGGCUCUCUCAGCUCCCCAGACAGCGCCAUGAGCCCCGCGACCUCCACGCCGACCAGGCUCCCAACAGCCACGUCAAAUACGUCUGGAAGAUGCUCCAGUCUCUGGGCAGGCCGGAGGUGCACAUGGCCCUGGACGUGGUGCUGGUGCGGGGCUCAGGCCAGGAGCACGAGGGCUGCUUGCUGCUGACCUCCGAGGUGCUGUUCGUGGUGAGCGUGAGUGAGGACGCCCAGCAGCAGGCCUUCCCCGUCACCGAGAUUGACUGUGCCCGCCACAGCCAGCAGAGCGACCUGCUCGUCGUGUGCCUGCAGCAGCCCCGGGUGGCCUGCGAUGCUGAGGUGGACGGUGCCCGAGAGCGGCUCACGGAGCAGCAGUACAACAGACUCGUGGACUACAUCACCAAGACAUCCUGCCACCUGGCCCCCAGCUGCUCCUCCAUGCCCACCCCGUGCCCUGUGGUGGCAGUGGAGCCACUCCCCUCCACCGUGAAGACCUACCAUUACUUGGUCGAUGCACAUUUUGCUGAAGUCUUCAUCAGUAAGUUCACCAUGGUGAAGAAUAAAGCCCUGAGGAAGGGGUUCCCUUGAGACUUGGGGUGACAUGUCAAUUCCAGCGUGUGCAGGAAAGAAACGAACUGGUUCUAUCACCUUAACGAGGAUGCAAGGCCAACCCUUUCCUAUAGAGAUUGGCGAGCCUCUAAAAUUCAGGUCUUUUCUUUCCUAAAACUACUUUGAAUGGUGGCUACUUUACAGCACAUGUAGAAAAUGUAUUCCUUGUUGUACAGUGACAUUUGCUAACAGUUCAACCAUAAAUCUGUAAACUCUGCCCUAAAGCAAAAUACAUUAAGCUCUAGCACGGAGACAGAGUUGAAACUGCAUUCCCAAUUGCAUCUGUUUUUAGGAAAAGGUCUGGAGUCUUUGAAUGAAUUAAACGCCACAGGCUGGCUAUUUAUUACUGAAAUGUAAUGCUUCUAAAGUGAAAUGUAAUUACUUCUAAAGUGAAAGAUUCUGUGUAUAAUAUUCCUGUCUUUUACUGUAAUUUACAAAACGUUCCUAUGACAGGCUAGGUUCACAUUCAAAAAAUGUUUUCAGUUUUGCUAGGCAAGCUUAAGUGAUAACUUUCUGUGUCUUUUGAUAAAAACAGACCUAAAUUGCUCAGGUGAAUCUCUGUGGUUCUAUAAGCAAAUUCGUUAGGAACUAUGUGGAAUGCCCUUAUGGAGGGGUUUGGUUUGGCGGGAUGACACUGCCCUGGGGCACUGCAUGGGGGUCAACUUGUUACCAGUUACUGGGGUCAGCUGGGUCACCAGUUGCCACUGGUGCUCAGUAAUAUCUGAAGACAUUUUUACCGAUAAUAUUGAGAUGUGAGCCUACAAUCUAGUGCCUACAAUUUGUGGCACACUAAGAAAAUCUGACUUCAAGUGCCUGCCGAUCCUUAAGUCUCACAUGUUUAUUUGUUGGGCAUGAGAAAUCACUGCAUAGGUGUUUCUGGAAAGCAACAUUACAAAUGGAUAAUUUGAGCCAGAAUAUGGAAAAGUGGUCUCUCCAUGAACCUGUGCCACAAAGACAUUUGUCGAUUAAUCUCAAGAGUAAUUAUUUUAAGAACUGUAAAUAUGUAUUCUUUAAUCUCGUAUGGUCAUUUUGCAUACCAAAAAUUGUUAUAUAAAAUUGUUUGAAAUAAAAGGAAACCUUGUAUUACUGAUCACACAGGGGGCUUUUAAAAUACAAGUUUCCCCGCUACAGCUCAGUCACCAGGACUCAGCUGAAAGAAUAAUACCUUAGUUUUUUGCUAUUCUAAUAAAGUGACAAUCAAUGACUGAAA